AUGUCUUUGUCUCUGUAUUACUAUUAUUUGUCCCCUCCAUCCCGUGCUGUUCUGUCCACUAUGCGCCACUUGGGCCUGGAGCCAAAGCUGAAGAUCACCAGCCCACUGGCUGGAGAUACAAAGACAGCGGAUUUUCUCAAGAUCAAUCCAUGUCAUGCGAUUCCCGUUCUAAACGAUGACGGCUUUAUUCUGAAUGAGUCUCGAGCCAUUCUGAUGUACUUGUGCAACAAAUUUCCUAACGGAAAAGUGCUGUAUCCUGAGGAUGCGGUUAAACGAGCUAAUGUGGAUAAACUUCUCUUCUUUGAUGGUACCACACUCUAUCCAGCAAUCACCGGUAGCAUUAUGCGUCCAAUUCUUCGUGCAAAAACCAAACCCUCGACUGAGGAACUGGCCGUUGUGACUGAGAAGAUGGCUACUUUGGAAACUAUCAUGGGAGACUCGGAAUUUGUUGCUGGAAAUGAAGUGACCAUUGCCGACAUUUCUAUUGCCGUAACAAUUCCCAUUCUGAAAGCUAUGGUUAAUGAAAAUUUUAUUACUGCAAAGUUGCUUCGAUGGUACGAGCGUGUGCUUGUUAAAAUUCCUGCACUGAAGCAGCUUAACGAGGAGGCGUUCAAUGGCUAUAUUGGAUUGAAACACAACCUCCUAUCUGCCACUUCAAACUAG